AUGGCUGACACCACCAUUCAGCCCCCCCAUCAAUGGUACGUGGAAAGCUCCGCGAAGCUGCCGCCCAGCUCGGAGACCCGGAUUCUCCCUAAUUGUCCUAUGCGCAAGCUAAUGAGAACACCAGGGGUCUCUCAGAAUGGCGAUUACGCCGCGCACGGUGCCGGCGAUGUCACCAACAACAGCAACAGCUUCGAGCUCAUUUCGGGCCCGCUCAUCAACUUGAAGAACAUGCACUACGAGUCCGCCCCCGUUUGGCAUGGAAGUGUCCUUAUCGUAACGAAGCCCACCCAGCAGAAGCCCCUGUUACACCUCCAUCAGCUCGGCCCCGUGGGAUCGCAAUCCCAGUCGCAAUCCCAAUCCAAUCAAACCGUCGAGGGCCUCAAGCUCUACGAAGAUCCGGACAAGGCCUUCUGGCGAUUCAGCCUCGCGGUCCCCGUCGAGAGCUACGAGGCGCGUUGGGAGUAUGAUAUUCCGGGCCUCUACAAUUCCUCCGAGUCUGUCAAGGCACCAUGGGAAUUUGUGGUACCUGCAGAAGAGCAGUCGAUGCGGAUCAUGUUUCACUCGUGUAACGGAUUCUCCGUCGGCACCGACAUGGACGCUUGGCUCGGACCCAACCUGUGGAAUGACGUCCUGCGCGUCCACGGCGAAAGACCUUUCCACGUUAUGGUCGGCGGUGGUGACCAGAUUUACAAUGAUGGAAUUCGUGUGGAUGGUCCGCUGAAGCCCUGGACCGCCAUCGGCAACCCGCACAAGCGCCGCACCCAUGACUUUGACAACAAAAUGCGCGCCGACUGCGACGAGUACUACUACGCAAACUACGUGCGCUGGUAUAACACCGAGCCCUUCCGCGCUGCCAAUGGCAGAAUCCCGCAGGUCAACAUUUGGGACGACCAUGACAUCAUUGAUGGAUUUGGCUCGUAUACAGAUCAUUUCAUGAAGUGUGCCGUGUUCCGCGGUAUUGGAGGUGUCGCAUUCAAGUACUAUUGUCUAUUCCAGCACCAUGUGGCUCCUCCCAAGUCGACUUUCACUACCGACGCCCCCCAGACAAUGCAUGCCGUCAAUGGCACUUCUGGCGUUGACCCACGCCAGGUUGAGAACGUCUAUGUUUUGGAAAACCAGGAAGAGGACGAUAGCUGGAUCACUGGUAAGCGACCUGGACCGUACGUCGAAGAGCGCAGUCGCAGUUUGUACAUGCGCUUUGGUAAGCGUAUCGGCUUCGUGGGUCUGGAUGCGCGUACAGAGCGCACCCGGCACCAGGUCAACUACCCGGACACCUACAAGCUCAUCUUUGACCGACUCGAGAGCGAGAUUUCUGCCUCCAACGGCGAUAUCAAGCACCUUGUCGUUCUACUCGGUGUUCCCAUCGCCUACCCGCGUCUAGCUUGGCUGGAGAACAUCCUCACCUCUCCGCUCAUCGCACCAAUCCGUCUCCUGAACAAGAGAUUCGGUGUCGCCGGUGGCCUCUUCAACGAGUUUGACGGUCAAGUCGACUUGUUAGAUGAUCUCGACGACCACUACACUGCCCGCCAACACAAGCGCGAACGCCGCGAGCUCGUCCAGCGUCUGCAGGAACUCGCCCGCGCACACUCACUGAAUCUCUCCGGCGAAAAUGACCACCGAUUCAUCGUCAACGUCGUCAGCAGCGCCAUCACGAACAAACCCCCGCCCAAGGCCGUCGCCAACCUUCUCGCCCGUCGCAACAAGAUUCACCGCCUGGACCGAACUUGCGACGAGACCCUGAUGCCCUUCUUCGACAAGCAGCCCGGCGGUAUCGAGAAGAGCGCCACCUGGAACAAGGUCACCAUGCCAUCGCGUAACUUCGCCAUCCUAACCGAGGCAGUAGCACCGACCGCCAACGGCGACGGCGUCGUCGGCAUUGAAACUUCCAAGCUGGCGUCCCUCCCCAAGGACGGCCACGCGCCGCUGCACAAGGGCGAGGUUGAAGCAGGCUCAACUCACAGCGCCGCGGACGGUAUAAGCAGCAACAGUGGCAUGUAUGGUGGACUGGAUGUUGCGAUUCGUGUGGAGAUUGAUCCUCAGAAUCGCGAGGGUGCUACUGAAGGAUAUGGAUUCAGCAGUAAGUGGAGAAAAAUCCCCUAUCUUAUAUUCUCGGAGAUCCGAGUCAUCAUCACCAUCUUCCCCGCAAAGGCUAACCUCAUAUUUUUCACCUUCAUAGUUCCCCCUCUAACCGCCACCGAAGGCCCACCCGUCUCCUCGCGCCACAGUUUCCGAUCCCGCAAGUCUCACGCGGAGUCGCGGCCGACGUCGCGCGAACAGGCCGUCGCCGCUGAACAACCCGGGCGUCCAUCUACGGCUCUCUAA